AGUGUAGUUUUUAUCCUGAAACAAUACUACCAUUGAAGUGAUUACUUCUGUAAAUUUGGUGUUCAUCUUGUUGUGCUAAUGAGGUGUGGCGAAUUAGACCGAUACAUAUACGUGCCUGGUCCUACGAUGCAGCUGACUGACUGAGGAGAUCGAAGGGAAAAGAGUGAUUGGUGUAGAGACGAAGGAACAAUAAAGUCUGAGACAAUUGAUUGAGAUUUUGCAAAUGAAGUAUUCAUUGUAUGGUUUUCAGAUCUUACUAAGAGACUCUGUAAUUUUGUGUUUAAAUACAUUUGGUUGUCCUCACUGAUAUUCUCGUUCACUACAAUGCUUCAUUUAAAUGGACCAAAUUAACGCCAUUCAGUAACGAUAAACAUGUUUGGUUAGACACUGAAAUCCAUUUACAAGACUAUUUAUUUCUUUGUGGAGUCGAUUGGAAUACAAUUUUGUAAGCACACUUUUACAUCAUUUUCUGCAAUUCGACUUUAUGAGAUUUACUAUAAGUUUAGGUGAAAACUAUGUGAUCUGGUAGAUUCCCCAUUUUUGAUCAUUAUCUACAUGUAAGUGACGUCUUGUAAUUCUGAAAUGGGCUAAGUUGCUUCAGUUUUGCUUUAUUUCAAAUUCUCUAAAGUCCCCAACGCUUUACUAAACUUAAUUUUACACUAGUCUAUAGAAUGUUUCAAAGACUCCUUUAUUUUAUGAGAUGUCAGGGUUCUUCCUUAUUAGCCUUCACUAGAGUAUGCUGACCAUGUCAUAAAACAAAAUAUGCGCUUCACACGCCUUUUCGAAGCUACAGGUCUAUUUUUGUCAUCAGUGAAUUUCUUCAAAAAAUGGCAAAAACAAAGAAGCGAUCCGUUGAUAGUUCAAAUGUUCUCUGUUCUCGUGAUGUGUCGAAAAUUCGCAAACUAAUGCGAGAAAAUAUUGAUGAAGAAAAAUUAGUUGUUUCAAAAUCCCUAACCGAUGACGCUGCAAUUAUAGAGUCAGAGUCUGAUAGUGAAGAAUGUGAGAUGGAAGGAGGAUUCCAACUUGAUCUUCCUGAUUUCGAUUCAUGUAGUGGUGACGUUUUAGAAGAUGAUGAAGAUUGGAAGAAGUUUUUCAAAUCGACCAGCGACAACAAGGAACUGGUGACAGAACUUAAAAAAAAUUUGACUGAAUCAAAAUUGAAGAUUUCUGAAGAUAUGUCUCAGUACACUGGUAGUAUUAUUGGUGAUUUGGAUGAAGUAAGAGGAUUCGAAAGUUUAAAUGAACUUCCUGAAGAACUACGGGAUCACUUAAAUCUUUUAAUUGAUGUACUUAGAAGUUACAGAAGUGGACCAUUACCAAAAACAAUCAAAAUGUUACCACAUUUAGAGGGAUGGGAUAGUCUGUUAGAGAUGUUAAAACCAUUAGAAUGGUCAGUUCAUGUAUAUCCACGUAUUGUUAAAGUGUUUGCAUCUAAAGGUCAUGAACCAGCAAAUCACUUUUAUGAAUCUUAUCUAUUACCUAAAGUAAAGCAAGAUAUUGAAGAAAACAAACGUUUAUGUGUUCAUUUAUAUGAAGCAUUAAUUGCAUCUAUGUUUCGACCAGAAGAGUUCGUUUCUGGUGUCUAUCUACCUUGGGUUCAGUCGGAGAUUUCUAAAACUGAAGGUGUAAUCCUGUCCAAUCUAAUUAAAAGAGCGACGUUAAAAUCACGUUUUGCUGCAGUCGCUCUUGCUCUUACAUUAGAAGAAGAUUUCAGCAUUCCUCGAUCAAUGGUUAUUGAGACAUUUUUAACUAAAAAGUAUCACUUACCAGAAGCCGCUGUCCAAAGAAUUAUCGAUUAUUUUAUUAGUUUUGAUAAAGAUUGCACUGUUUACUUCACCGAUGAGAAGCGUAUGCCGCUGACCUGGUUCAAAAGCUUAUUGGUAUUUUUGGAGUUUUAUAGGCAUUGUGUUAACCCGUCUCAGCGUGAAAAGUUACUUAAAUUAUGUCGCCGUCAUGAACAUCCACAAAUAACACCAGAAAUUAGAAGCUUGCUGGGAACUAUUUCAUCUAACUAACAUAAUUUUUAACAUCAAAUUGUUUUGUAAAUACAUUUAAUUUGAUAAAAUAU